UGUACCAAGACGUGAUCUGUCUUGCGAUCGAACGUCCUCGAUAGCGUAAUAUUCGUUUACAAAUCCCAUUUUAGGUCCUUGGUAGAGCCCCUUCUUCUUUCUUAUUGGUAUAAAAAGAUGUCGCAACCGGAACAAGCUGGCAGUGUGAUCUACGACAAGGAUAUGUCAACUUCGAAGAAUAGCUCAUCAUUGCGGCUGAAUCAAGAGGGCGCGGUGAGCCAAGAAAGAGAUUGGAUGGAUCACGAUACGGAUUCUGAAAUCAGUGAAAAUGACUUCCUCACUAAAGGUGCCUUUCUACUUACACCUAGCCAUGAACUCACAGUGGAAAAAGCUGCUACCAUUUGUGACAAAAUGAACUUCCGAGGAGCUUUCUCUUUAACCAAGACAGCGACUGGCAUUCUCUUCAAGUUCAGUAACAUCGAGGACUUUCAAGCGGUUUACAAGAAGGGUUUUCAUAAAGUAACUGGUGCCAGAUUCUACAAGAAAGUAGCCAUUCCUUGUCGACCUGCGAAGAUUUUUACUGUUUAUGUCCUGGAUGUUCCUGAAGAACUUCCUGAAGACGACAUCAGGCACGCUCUCUACAAGUACCGUUCUAUUGUUGAAGUCACUAGACUUCCACUCAACACUGCAACUGUUUUAAAAGCUAUCAACGACAAACUCAAAAGUGAAACUCAAAAUAGCAACGAACCUCCAGUAAUUUAUACGGGACCGCCAGUUAUUAGGGUAACUCUAGCUAAUGUUGAAGAAACUUCUAUGCUUCUAAGUCGUGGUCUUGAUUUCUAUGGUGCUACUUAUUUCCCAACUGAAACUCCACAUCCCAUCAGCCCGAAUUUGACCAAAUAUAAAAACAACAGGUGGUUGGAAUUGGCGGCUUUGGGUGCUGGCCAACGUGUCCGAGAUUUACUUCCAGUCUUCGAUAAUGCCGGAUUUACGAAAUUGCCACCACCAGCGUGUCGGGUGAUCAAACCACAGAGAAAUUGACAUCACAUGCUUUUUCUUUACACUUGACUACCAAACCUUUUUCUGUAUAGCUAUAUCUAUCUUCUGACUUGAUAGCGUUGGAGACGCAUAAUGCGAGACAAGGCAACAAUUUGUGGAAACGAAUAAGAGAGAAAGAGACAAUUAAGGUUGAUCGUUCAUUUUCUCUACCAUCUUAUCGAUCCAUGCCCAAGAGAAACUAGAGAGUCGUUUAACUGUUCUUGACAAGUGGCAAAUAAUUAGCUAUAGUUCCACUUAUUCUUAUUCUUCAUCCACUCUUUCUUCAAUGAUCUUUUUUUUCUUCCUCUUCUUCAUCUCCUCUUUAUCCUCCUCUUCAAUACCUUUUUUUUUCUCAAUGAUCAACAAUAUGAAAGUAUAUCGAUCAAUGAAUAUUUAUAAACU